AUGAGUUGCUCUGGGCUGCUGCCUCUGUCGUUACUACUCCUGCUGUAUUUCGCCAAUGCCGAGUGGAUCGAGAUUCCUCAGUAUUCCGAUCAGCACAAAGUUUACAGAAUGCCAACUUCGCGACCACAUCAUCGCGUGACGCAACUCAAUGGCACUCGUAGGCAUCACGUAGCCGAUGAUCAUCGACAUGGACAUUGGGCUGGCUUUCAUCAAGAAGAAAAUGUGCGGAAUAUCAGUAAAUUUUCUCGAAAUCGUCACUCGAUUCAUUCCAAUGCUAAACCGUCAUUGUUUGACGGAACCAUCUCUAGCUUUACCACUGAUAGGACAAUCAGUAGUAUCGACACAGGCAUUGAAUAUAUUAACUCGGAUGAAGGUAUCGUUGUCGAAUCUAGCGAAGAUAUUGAACCCCAGUUUGAGGAAAUUCCAGUUCUGUACAGUUCAAGUGAGGACGUUACUGCCACGUUCAAUGCAAAUACGAAUUUUCCAGUAAUCGUUGCUUCGUCUACUGAUCCGCCAAAACCGUCGAAGCCACCGCCAACUCGCGACGAAACGGAAAAUGACCAAGGAUUUUUCGAUUACUUACCCAUCGAUUUGCUAAAACGAGUGCACAAAACUCUCAAGUUACAACCUCCAACCCUGAAGGGAAAAAUACGCUUCUUGAAAGCUUUCGAGCGCACUUUAGUCCAAGAAAUUGAAAAUCGUCUGAGCAAGGCCCUUGCGCCAAGGAGAACGACCAGGGGAGCAAGAGGCCACGACGAUCACGACGAAAGCCUGGGUUUUCCUUCGUUAGAGGGAGCCCUCAUGGCCAUUUCCUUUCUCACAUUUGCUGUUUAUUUAGUCAGACUUGUUAUGUUGCUAUUUCGAAACGUUGGAAACGGAGCACCUCCCAUUAUCAUUGGUAGAAAGAAGAGAUCAAUCGACGAAUACACUGAACAAGCUGCAAGGAUUUUCAGUUAUUUGGAUGCGAGCUCAGCGCAAUAUUACAAGUCACAAAAGAAAUUCUCACGUUUGAAAAAACACGUUUGAUUUACAAAGAUAUCGUAUACCGAACUAGGUGGAGCCAAUGUUGGACCACAUAUAAGCUUGGCUAUUGAAUUUACACAUGCCGUAUCAAUCGUGCUAUCAUUCAUAGUUCCGUAGAUUUAAGUCGACUCUGAGAAUCGAAUUCGUUUUGCAGCAGCUCGUACAAUAUAUUCGUCUUCUUUUACUAUCAAAAUGUUCAUCAGAAAUUUUCUAGCUCCUAAAUAAGCCAAACACCAGCCCGAUGACAAUGACUAAAUUAUCAAUAAACAUUAUAAUAAUGUUUUCUUAUUUUUCAAAUUUAAAUUUCUGCAUAUAGUCGACGAAAAAAAUUGACAGUUAGCUAAAAUACAUUUAGUUAUUCUAGUUAUCAAAGCUAAAAUAUCGAUUUUUGCAUUAUUUUUUCAAAUAAAUUUUUUCGCGUAAUUGCAAUAUUGUCGUCUAGUAGUAAAUACGUGAGAAAUACCGAUACCGUUUGUUAUUUGUAUAUAUAUCACGCACGAUGCAGAUCAUUAAAAGCCCCUUUCUCUAAAGGCUUCGACAUUGGGUCCACCGUUCUCGAAUACCUGGGAAAAAUGAGAGUCUUCUUUCAAAGCUACUUUCACAAGCUAUCGAAUGAGCCCUUGGACGCGUCAACCAACGCAUGAAUUCUUAAUCACAAGUUACCGCAGUCAGCGCGUAGUAAUCUUAUAUAGGGCCCAUCCUACCUAAUUAUGAUUGCAUGAAUGUUCCAUAAUUAAACUAUUUAUUUGUGGAUUUAUUUAUUUAUUCUUAUAGUAGAAUAAGAAAGGGCGUUGACAAUUAGACGAAAAUUUUAUUUUAACUAUUGUUCUAAUAGCAUUAUUCAUUUGAAAUAUUGUCGAAACUAAAAGACUUGAAAUAAGCUAGUAGCACGUAUUAUUAUUGAAAAUCUCAAAAUGAGUACGGAAAGAAAACAAUUCUUAAAAGUUUUUAAUGCAUCUUAUAUAUAAAAUUAGAUUCAUCGUAUUGUGUUUUGAUCUGCGAA